AUGGUUCGAGUCACGUCAGCAGACGAACUAGAGGUUUGUGAAGAAGUUGGCAGAGGGGCGUUUGGAGUGGUCUACCGUGGCCACGUGAGAGCAUCUGGACUCGAAGUUGCAAUCAAACAAAUCGAUCUUGAAAACGAUCCGACAGAUUUGCUGGACAUUUUGCGGGAGAUUCAGAUAAUAUCCGAAUGCCGACUUCCUCAGAUAACGAGUUUCUAUGGCUGUUUUGUGAAAAACUAUCAAUUGUGGGUAGUGAUGGAAUUCGCAGAUGGUGGUUCUAUCUUCGAUAUACUUCGGCCUGGUCCAAUGAAAAACGAAAAAACAAUAGCCAUAAUUCUCAAGGAGGUUCUUGUUGCCCUUGAGUAUUUGCAUGACCAGGGAAAAAUACACAGGGACCUCAAGUCACAAAAUAUUCUUCUCACUCGUCUGGGCAACGUCAAGUUGACAGACUUUGGAGUUUCUGCUCAACUCUCCUCCAACUUUUCUCGACGGAACACCACCGUCGGCACACCAUACUGGAUGGCCCCGGAGGUCAUUUUAAACAGCAAUGGUGGCCAUAGCUUCAAGGCUGACCUUUGGUCUUUGGGCUGUUGUGCCUACGAAUUGGUUACUGGUAAACCACCAUUACAGCGAGAUUAUCCUCCCAUGAGGGCUCUCCGUCACAUAUCAACGUGCUCAAGCGACGACAAAUUUGCUGAGCUUAUCGGGUUGGACGAGCUUGACAUAUCAGCAGACCUCUGUGAUUUUUUACGUCAUUGCUUUGUGGUGGACCCUACAAAACGCUACAGUGCUCCCAAGCUAUCCAAACACCGCUUCAUCACCAGCAAUACAGUCUCUUCCGAAGAUCAAGCUAUUCUUAUUCGCAAAGCCAUCACCAACAAACAGCUCUGGGAUCAAGAAAAUCAAAUUGAUAAAACGCAAAAGUUCUAUAUAGAAUCAGAAAUUGCCAGGAACCAACAACAGUGGAAGCAAUCGGACUCUCCCGAAGACGAAAAGUUUCCCGAAAUUCAGUUCGAUUUCAGUACCAUCAAGGCGACUCCAAAUGUCAAAACCGACAUGGCAUCUCCAGCUUCGCUGUCAUCGCUGCCCAUACGCCGUGGUACUUACAGAACAGCCUCGAAACAGGCUGAUUUGGAGAGAUUGGUUGGGGUUGAGCUUGCAAAAAUACUCAAUAGAGCACUUCAUAAGCUAGAGUCUCGCGCAAAUUUGACGACGGAACAAUACGAGUUGAUUGAGUCACUAAACGAGCUUUUUUUGAAUCUACUCAGUGUGUGUCCUAGCUCUGAGAAGUCCGAAGGCAUAACCGGCCGCUUUAUUAUCCUUCAAUAUCUACGCUAUGUCUUGAAGGAAAUAAUGAAAGAGGGCGAUUCCACUCGAUCAUUAAUACAACGACUGGUUUUCCCCUCUUCAUUCAGCAACUACUCCAAACCAUCAGACAGUCUCACCACAAGAAGAUACACAUCCCAGUACGAUGAAAUCGAGAGCAGCCUUCUAGAAUCGUGGAUCGAAAAAAUGAGCCAAAGUUAG